AUGGAUAACAUAGAAAUAUUCUUUGAACGAAUGAAAAAUGAAAUGGCAAAACAAACAGAAGAUAUAAUUUCAAAACUAGACAAAAAGUUGGCUCCUCUCACACGCGAAGUCGAAGAAUUAAGGUUGGAAAACCAAGAACUGGAAGAAAAAAUAAAAUUAAUGGAAAGAAGUUUUCCCAGAGGUUGUGAUGGAGGCAAACGAAACAAUAAUAUUAUUAUAUACGGACUCAAAGAAACAGAAAAGACCAAGCUGGAACUAAUAGAAUUGACAGUCAAAAAAUUAGGUACUGAUUUAAAAAUUUUCCUUGAGAACAACGAUAUAAAUGAGAUACGCCGAAUCGGCAAAAAAAGUUAA